AUGCCCGGAAAGUCAUCACCGGAAGUGAUGGGUCGUCGGUCUCUGGCACCACCAGAGCCACCUCCUCCACUGGACACCGGUCCGGAGGAGAGUCUCCGUUGGCCGCCUUCUCAGCGUCCGCCAUGGUGGCCUUGGGCGCCGCCAUUGAGUGAAGGGUGGGAAGAGAAUGAGAGAUGGAUAGAUAAGCUGAGAGAAAAAACAGAGUACUCUGUUCCUCUGAGAACACGUGCCGAGAAGAGCGUCACACACUUACCUUCUACCCUGCGUCCUAAGGGAAACUACCACGUGAGGCGAAUAGGGCCCACAUGGCAACGUUGGUGCCAAAUCAGACAACAGGUCAAACACCACGUCAGCAAAAUGGAACAAACCUCGUGCUUGACUCAUGUUCUACGCAUGAGACUGAAGAGAUUGCGUUGUUUGACAUGUUCUCAUGCCUACGCCAUCCAAAGUGGGGAAACUGAAAUUGCUCACGCUUCUUCUUCUUCUACCUCCACAUACUCCAUCGUUUUCUCUCUUACUCUUGUGGAAGUGGGCUCAACAAUGAGGUUAGAUGCAUUGAGAAUGAGGCUAAAUAAACUUUUGAAGUGCAUGGAUUCCAUACCUUCUGCAAUACGCUUUUUAGCCACAUCACUCAAAGUUCAUGCAGUGGGUUUCUUUUUCAAAGGAAAAUCUUUGAAAGGAAGCUGUGACACAAAGGGAAGGCCAUUAAGAUGUGCAUAG